AUCGGCCAUGCGCAAUGAAAAGGAAAGCUGCAGCUUCGCCGGCUUCCCCAAGGAAAUCGAAAAUGUCAAAGGUGGCUUUGGAUAAAAACAAAAAAUACGAUCGUCAGCUAAGGUAAGAGAAACAGCUGCUUGAUACUGCUUGAAAGGAAAGCCGAGAUGUGAUGGGAAAUGCGCGUCAUCGGGCCUCAAAAAAACACGAUCCUUGAAAAUCAAGCAGGUACCAGACUGCAGUCCAGCGAUGAGUGACAGACUGUCACUGUUAGUAGUAACCCUGGGAUUGUCUUUUUUCAUAGUAGGGGAUGGUGGAAGGCCGGCCUGAGAGUAACGCAUCAUUUGGUGGAGAUAACUAUAGAUUGACUACUCUUUCGAACAUAGCUCUUGUUAUAAGUUAUAGAAAUAUAAGCCUUCUCCCCUUACGUUUCCUGUUUUCCAGUGGAGACUGACCUCCCACGUUUCAGGCUGGCAAACUUUGCUCCACCCGCAGAUCCCCUCCCUCAUGUUAAUAAAAGUUCCCCACCCAGGGUGUCACCCUGACAACUACAGAUUGCUCUGUGAGGCUGCCUACCAAUCACUCACUACGUUCCUCCCGUCUCCUGACUCUAUCAUUCACCAGCUUCUGCGUGGGUUUGGGGGGGUGGGAGGGGCACCCAUGAAAUUUUUGGGCGAGGCUGAGCCACUAAGACACUAGAACAUUUGACAUUUACCAAUCCAUCCAAUCCAUCCAUGCUCUAGGAAAUAUGCAGUCCUCCCAUGAGCAUUUGAAAAUAAUAACUUAUGCACAAUUUGGGGGGGGGGGGGGACAAACAGAAUGUAUUAUGGGGAAUUCAAAAAUAGAGAAUGGUACCCUAUUCUAGAUAAAAAUCCUCUAAAUUUUUUUAUUUCAUACCGCUUUAAAAUCCUAUCCUUUACAGUUGUCCAUAUGUGGCAAUAGUCCUUUCACCAGGCUAUGAGCGCUAAACUACAGGAUAUGAUAUUUAAGUUCACUGCUUAAAGUUCUAGCCUAAAAAUAGAAAUUUUAUUAAGGAAAUUUUGCUAGCAUAGAAAUGAAUGGGCAGUUAAAGUAUAGUUAGUAUUUGUUUACUUCUCUUUUUAUCUAAUUAUUUUAUUUAGAUUAUGGGGAGACCAUGGACAGCAGGCCCUAGAGGGAGCCAAGAUUUGUUUGAUUAAUGCUACCGCUACUGGAACUGAAAUAUUAAAGAACCUUAUUCUACCAGGUAUCUACUGCCAUUUUUAAGAAGAAAUGUUUUCCCCAACUGAGUUCACUAUAAAGCAAUUAUGAAGCUGCUGUAUUGAGCACCCUUCUUGGCCAGCACUCAGACUGUUUAUUCGUGAACAGUGGCAAACUACGUAGCUUGCAUAUAACCAGCUGCUAUAGCCUGCGUAGCUAAGUUGCUAAAACCAAGUUGUUGGUUUUUUUCCUCCCCCAUCCCCAUCACACCACAGUUCUAAAUCCCUUUAACUGGCUGCAUAUUCACAGAAAACAUUAAGUUGGUAUUAACCAUGUACCCCAGGGCGGUACUCUGGAUUUCAAGGGAUGGACAUGAUUGAAGGAUUUUUUGGAUUUGAAAUUUUCAAUUCCGAGAUUUUGUUGGGUCUACUAGUAACUUUUGGCAAGUAUUUUCUUAGGCGGCUUAAUUUACAAUGUAAGUAGGUAUUUUCGGGGGUGUCCAAAACAAGGUGGUGCUUGCAUAUCCUGGCCACAUAAUUCUGCAAAUAAAGUACAAACAAACUUGUUAAAAACUCUUUCUGGAAAUUUGUAAGGCUCAGAAAUUUGUCAUGGGAAUUUUUGGGGGUUAAUGUUUGUCCAGGAAUUUUUUUUAAGCUAUUGUUGGAAGUCUAAAGGAUUUUUUUAUGUUUUGAUUUUUGCCCCCAUUCCAUCAUCCCCGUCACCUGAAAUCUGGAGUACACCCCCUGGGCCAUGUAGGGAGGAAGGUAUAUUUCACCACAUUUACAAAUUUUUUGUCCAAGAUGAAUAAGAGGUACAGUGGAAUCUUGAUAUAACGAAUCUCUGUAUAACAAAGCUCGGUACAAUGAACAUUUUUCUUUACCCCAGCGAUACCCUGUUGUGGCAAUAGCUGUAGUCUGCCCCUUGCAGAGGGGUACAGCUGUACUUGCUUAUGCAGCCUAGAGGUGUUCAACAAGUCCAGUUAUGUUCAAUUAUAUAUUAUCAUCAUCAUCAUCAUCAUUAUCAUCGUCAUGAUUAUGUUUAUUAUUAUUUUUCUCUAUCUAUGUUAAGUGUAUGUGCUUGUCUUUAUCAUAGGGGUCUCAUUAAUUUUUCAAAGUGCAAGAUCAGAGCAUUUUAUAAAAUUACAUUGGAUUGUUGACAGGUUUUUUUUUAGUUUUAUUCAUCAUACAUGUGCAAAUUCUCCAUGUUUUUUAGGUAUAGGAUCAUUCACUAUUGUUGAUGGAGAAAAAGUCACAGGGGAAGAUGUAGGAAAUAAGUGAGUGUGAUACUAAACAAUAAUCAGUUUCUUGUGUUCUUAUUUUGUCUUGCUGAAAGAUGAAGCCUAAUGGAGCAAACAUUUUGAGUUCUGUGGUGCAAAUCAUUCAUUUACUUUGUGUUUCAUUAGUUUUUGUGUUUCAUAAACUAGAUUUAUUUCUAAACUUUAGCUCCUUGAAGCUCUUUGACUCAUACUUUAUUUCAUACUUUGAUUACCUCUUGUAGCUUCUUUUUGACUCAAGACAGUGUCGGAAAGGUACAAAGUUUUAUGUAUAUAUAUAUAUAUCGCUAGCUCGCUAGUUUGAGCACUCUGGCAUGGCUUCGAUGUAUCACAUGUGUGGGACAUUUGGGGUGGCUUUUUAAGCUUAACCUCCAUCCUAGACAUCAGCACUGCACUGAUUUAUAUAUAUAUAUAUAUAUAUAUAUAUAUAUAUAUAUAUAUAUAUAUAUAUAUAUAUAUAACACACCCUAAAUAAUAGUGCAUUGGUAAUCUAAGAGGUUUUAUACUUUAGGUCAAUCGUUCAGAUGUAUAUGUGUUAUGGCCUUGUAGGUACUUUUAAUAAUUUACAAAGUAAGCACACUGUAAGUUGUAUCAGUUAGAGCAUAGUCUCAGGGCUAGAAAAAAAAAUGUGAAUUCCAGCAUGUCCUUUGGGUAAAUAGCUGUCACAUUUUGCUUGCUUUGGACCACUUCUUUCUCAUCUUAGUGAAUGAUUUUUUUGUUAAUGAUUUGCCUGGACCCUUGCCCAUUUGGUAAACUAGUAAGCUUUACAAGUUACUUGGCCAACAAGAAAAUCUACUUGUCCCAGACUACUGGGAAGGCCUUUUUUUUCAAGCCCUCAGUCUAUAUGCUGUUUUUUGUUCUUUGUGUGGAGUGUGCAGCUACACAUAUGCUAUUACAAGGAGGUCCUACAUGUACAUUCUCUUUCAUUUUCUUGAUAUCAGUUGGGACUGGCAGGGUGUUCAUUAGGCAUCAUUGAUCGGAGAAUUAUUCUUAGAAUUAUUCUCCAUUUACCAUGUAGAAUUCUCUGACUAAUGUUCGGUAGCUUAUGACUAUUUUUUAUUCAGACAUGAAGCCUCUUUCAAAAUAUUCUUUGGUAACAUUACACCUUUCUCCUGCUACUAGAAUUCUUAAUGAAAACCCUUGACUGGAACAAAGUAAUCUUUCAUUUUGUCAUCACAGUAACAGAUGUGAAACUAAUGUCACCAUUGUUUUUGGUAAAUCAAGUUGUUUUUUUCUUAUUAGUCUCGUGCAGAGUGCACCACUGAGUUUCUUCUUGAACUCAAUUCAGACGUCUCAGGAGACUUCAUUGAAGCGGUAAAAGUUAUUUUUUAAUUAGUAUGUUUUACAGGGACAAGAAAGAUUCAUUAACCUUAAGCAUGAUAAAUAAAUAAACUUUGCUUUGAAAUGUGACUGGCUCUAAGAAACUUUUUGAAAAACUAAUAACUUGAGUGAGGGCCUUUGGAGCAAGGAUAUGAAAGCAGCAAUGAAAUUACUCUUACCAUAGUCACUCUAAACAGAGCUGCCCUCAAAUAAUCACCACCCCCAAAUAAGCGCACAGUUAGCAGCAAAAAUAUUACUAAGCACCACCCUUGAACGAGAGUCACAUCCCCUCAACAAGGAUAUGGUGCUUAUUGAUUUUUGACAUGGUUGAUGCUGAAGAGCUUGUAUGACCAUUACUGUGAUUGUUAUUUGUUUGGAUUUAGAAAUGGACAUAACACAUAAUUUGGAAAUUAAGUUUCUCCCUGUGAAUGGAACAAAGAAAAAGAAAGAAAAUUUACUUGCUAUUUAAUAGCCAGAAGUAGGUCUACCAGCAAAUGAAACAUUUAAUAAAACACCAUAGCACUCUAUUGAGUACAUUUUUAAAUAUGGUACAUGUAAUCUACAAGUGGUAUUUAGAUUUCUCUGGAAAUCAAACUCUUGGUACACUUGAGGGCAAUUUAUCUCAUUGCGGCCCCAUCUCUACCCUGCUGCUUCUAUUGUUGUCAAUUCUUUCGUUCUAUUUUGUGUGACAAAUUAGAUAAUUUCAGAUCUGCUGAAAUUAAUAACUGUAUUAUAAUACAUGUAAUUUAAAUGAAUGUUAUUCUUGUUGCAUUGAUUUUCUUUUUAUUAGGCAGCAGAUUCCCUUUUAAAAGAAAAUAGUGAUUUCUUUAAAAAAUACACUGUUGUCUUAGCAACUCAACUUCCUGAAGGGUAAGUCACAAGGCAGCCAAUCCAAUGGUUAUUAAUGAUGGUGGAAUUCAGCUUUCAUGUGCAUACCAUUUAUGAUAAACCUGCCUACUCAUAUGCAGUGAGCAUGUGUCACACACCUGCAGAUCAAAAAUGCUGACCACACUCAAACAGGACAAUUUUUGAUGUAUUAUUAACUCACUAUUCGGGAAUACAUGUUCCAUAACCAUUAAUAAUAUCGCAUGCUAAGACAUGCAAGAUUUGGCACCUUGCCCCACUACAUUCCAUAACCUUUGGAAAUCUUCGGGAAUCUUUGGGACUCUUCAGAAGUUGUCUUUAAGUCUUCAACACAUGCAUACUUUAAACUUUGGAAAAUUUGGCAGGUUUAAUUUAGACUUGAUGAUAUUAUAUAAAACAUCAAGAUUGUGUAAUUUCUGGGAACCAGCAAUAGAAUCAAUUCUGGCUUUUCCUUUUUAUAAAUUAUGGAAAAAAAGAAAGCAAGCAAUCUUUCCUUUCAUGUAUGUGAUGUAUCAUGAAUUUUCAAAAUAAGACAGUUAAAGGCACUUUACUGGCAUUCACAACCACUUCUCAAUAUUCCACACAUUUGUCGUCCUCUAGUAAGCUCUCUCAUCUUUGUUUUUUGCAGAACACUUUUAAAACUUGGUUCAUUGCUAUGGCCAGAAAAUAUCCCCCUGCUAGUUUGUUGUUCUUAUGGCUUCAUUGGAUGUAUGAGGAUAGUGUUGCAAGAACAUUGUGGUAAUAUUCAUGUAUUAAAAUGUUAAUAUUAUAUGAUUUGUUAUCAUGAGUUGACUGUUUUCUUAUUCUACCUCACUAUUGACUUAAUCUAGAUUUUUGAACAUUUUUGUUGCUUCUACAGUUGUCGAAUCUCAUCCUGAUAAUACACAUCCUGACCUUAGAUUAGACAGACCAUUUUCUACCCUUGUGCGAUAUGUAGAUGCCUUAGAUCUUAGUAAAAUGACUAAACAGGUAUGUGCGCAGUAAGCAUAUAGUUAAAAUAAUUUUAUUGUAUUUUAAUUUCAAGUGUUUAUUUCUUUACAAAAUUGCAUUCAUUUGAUAAAAACAGUGUUAAGUUCCCAGCGUAGAAAUUUAUGGCUAUUGUUCUUGAACAUCAACAUGGCUGCCAUGAUGUCACAUGCAACAGGCCACACAAAGUUAUUUAUGUUCAAUAAAUUUUAAGAGAUUUAAUAGGAAAUACAACACCUUUCACCUUGUGUUUCUGCAGCUUUUCUUAUGUUACUAGCCAUAGCUCUUUUCUAAACCUUAAAUGCUUCAAGUUCUUGUAAUAUAAUAUUGCAACAUGUGCAAUGUCUUUUUUUUCUUUUUUUUCCGCCUUGUUUUAGGAACAUGGCCACACACCUUAUGUAGUAUUGCUACUGAAGUAUUUGAACCUGUGGAAAGCAGAGGUAUGUUUAAUUUUUAAAUUUUAAUGGAAUAUGUUGUUAUUAUUGUCCUAAAACCAUUCCUAGAAAAGCCAAGUGCCUACUCUUCUAAGCUUUAAGAAAGUUUUUAGAACAAUGAGGAGUUAUGGUGAACAGAUGCACAAAGAAUAGAAAGGUGUAUAUAUAAUUUUACAAAAUCACAUGUCCCGACGUAAAAAAGGGGACUAUUACAUGUAUAGCUGUAGGUACAAUGUAGGCAUUCAGGACAAGGAUAGGUGUUGACUUGCAAGAAGUGUCUUAAUAAUUGUACUUUUUGUGGUGUGCUACACUGUAUUUGAGUUUUUGUUUCUCAUGUGAGUUCCUGGAAUUAGGCUUCUACUUUAUUGAUAUCCUAUCUCAAAAUUAUUUUUAGCAUGAUGGAAAACCACCUCAAAAUUACAAGGAAAAGGACUCAUUCAAGCAAAUGCUGAGGGGAGGUCAGUACUUAGUAAGGUGCUUUCUUGUCUACUUUCUGUAGUGGGAUGCUCUUACAUGCAUAGGCCAGAAAAGCAAAGUCUUUGCUUAAAAUAAAUUUUUCAUUCUUUUACCAAUUGAGACUUCUUUCAUCAAAAAAAUGUCAACAAGUGCUGAAUUCUAGUGCCCAGCACCAUGCUGAUAAAAAUGUCAUGCUGUAUAGCCCAAAUAAUCUACAUUAAAAAUUUAUUUAUUUUGCACAAAUCACAUGAAAAUGUCUGGUGUGCAAAGCAGGUUAUGCAGGCUACACAGUUUGACUUCUUUAUCCAUGAUAUUGCACAAGAAUUCAUCUGUCAGUGAACUAUUUAUUGAAGCUUGCAGUGGCAGAGAGUUUCUUUUGUCAUUUUUUAAUUUUAUUACUGUCUUGGUGUGAUGCAGGGAUCUUAGUCAACAAAGAUGGUAUUCCAGAGGAGGAGGAGAAUUUUGAUGAAGCUAUAAGGGCUGUGAAUAUGGCUCUUGUUCCUACUAGGGUAAGGAGUCGUAAAAAGACCAUUUCCAUUAAAUUAUGUUGUAGCUUUGGAACUACCCUAUUUUGUCAACUAAUUUAAAUACAUAAAGGUUAAAGGCUAAACGUUAAAUGCAUAGGGGGUCUGAAGGAAAGAGUUGUGGCUUAGGUUGUAAGUUGUUAGAUGGUAAGCUUUUGGUAGGGUAGCGAAAUGCACAGCUAUCAGGAACAAUGAAUGGCAACUUGUGCUUAAUGAAAACUGGAUCUGAAUAAACUGCAAACUUAACGACUGUCAGGCCCAUCAGGGCCAUUAACUUUGAAAAAAUGCCGUGAGAUUCAACUGAGAAAAAAUUAAUGAUAUGGUUGACCAGAAGUUUGGCAUGGGGCAUUGUUCCUUUCCUACAGUCAUUAUGCACAUGUCAAAACAGUAUGCAUAGUCCAGUUUCUUUUGUUGCUUCUUUUGCUUCUUUUUGCUCUCUUUGUCUCGAAUGUUCAGGUAUCCCUCUGUGUGCAUCUGAUUUUGUGACUUUAAAUUCACUUUUCUCAUCUUGUGCUUGCAGAUCCCAAGUGACGUUUCUAAAAUUUUUUCUGAUGAUGCUUGUGUUAAUAAUAGAGAAUCUGUAAGUACAAUGUUAUUGGAUAGAACCUGUUUUUCUGUUGUUGUUGUUGUGGUCAUCGUUGAUUUUUUCCAUACAAAGUUUUCUUCUCAAAUCAAACUUGGCGGCCUCAGUAUAAAGACAAAAUGAAACAUUGUAUGUACGUCUAGUUGAAAAUGAUAAUAUCUUUGAAGUUCAAAGCCUAAUUAUUUGUAUCUUAAAGGAAUAAUAUUGUGUUUUCGUCUUCUAGAGUAGUUCUUUUUGGAUCUUAGCAAAAGCAACAAAGGAAUUUGUGGAAAAUGAAGGAGAAGGUAAUAACUAACUGUGGAGGUGUUUGUCAUUGAAUUUGUCCACAAAUUAAAGUUAUUAUUAGCUUAAAUAUUCCAUUUUAUGCACUAACAUAUUUCUGAAAAGCAAGCUACCUUUUUUCUUUAGGUGCCCUGCCAUUAAGAGGAUCAAUUCCAGACAUGACAGCAGAUUCAAAAAGAUACAUUGAACUUCAAAAUAUGUAAGUUUUAGGCAAAUUUUGAAAUCAUUGAGAGUGUAUUAGGACAUCAAUGUAUGUUUUGGUGUUUGUUUAUUUACUUCUUAUUAAAUCUAUUGCUUUAUUGUCCUUUUCAGAUACCAAGAACAAGCAAGAAAGGACAUUGCUUCAAUAACCCAAAGAGUACAGAGAAUAUUAGUUGAUUUAGGAAAGGUGUGUUGUUCUGGAUCUGAUUACUAGUAGGAGGUACACAAGACCAGUUAUAAAAAAAAUUUAAUUUUACAGUUUCUUCUUUUGAUGGGUAAGGUAGACAGGAAUUUUAUGUAAUUUUCAGUUUCCAGAAGUUGUAUAGGGCCAAAAUACUUUUCCUUCAUCUAUUAUUUCCGCUUUUUCGGCACAUCAGGCCUUUAAUUGAACUGUUGUUUCUUAGUUGUACAUAUUAAACCCUAUUCGAAGAGGAAGGUGAUUUUUCCAGAACUUGGCUUUUGGAAUAUGUGAAGGCCAUGAAUGAUUCAUGAUUUCAGAGGAUUUCAAAGGGGAGUGAGCCUGGUUCAGAUUGUGACCAUGAACAUGGUAUGGGAGGCCGUAAUUUUAUGAUACAAACUUGAUACGUUUUGUUUUAAAAAAUGGACAUCUGUUAAGAACAACUUGAGGUGCAUUAUUUUCUAAAUGAUAAUGAAAAAAAAAACCUUCCCUUACUGAUUUAUGCCCCAUUCACACCAAAUUUCAAACAUGAUUAAAAGCUGUUUAAAUAAACAGGUUUAGUUGGUCUGAAUUGGGCAUUUAAUUCAAGCACCCACGUUAGUACCAUUUACAUUUAUUUCAAGCACCCACCAAGUACCAAUUUCGUUGUCUGAUUUUCUGCCUCUGGUUCUCUGUUGUUGAGAGAGUCUGAAACCCUUGUUAGGACCUUUAAAACAAGCUCAGCCAAGAUAAGGAUUAUGUGAUUAAAACUGGGAUAAUUUUUUUUAUGGGAUUAAAGGGAAAUUUCCGUUGGGAUAAUGAAAAUGAAGGAAUUAUUGAGGAGCCACAGGGGACUGUUAUUCACGAGAAAUGUCUUUCAAACCAUUUUUUAUUGGUCUGUUUCAUUUAUAUCUUCUUUGUUUACUUUACAGUCUUCAGACACAAUACCUGAUUCUGAAAUUAAACUUUUCUGUAAGUAUAGUUUCCUGUUUCUUUGGACUAGUGUAUGUGUUUUCAUUACUUGUCUUGUUCUGGCAACUUUGAUGUCUCCAUAAGCUUACUGGUCACCGUCUCGAUACAAGUUGAUUCAGUUGAAGUGUAAACAGUUUCGUGAAAGUGGCUUAUAGAACAACGGAUGUCAUAGUUAUAUCUUUACUUCUGGUUUGGUUCACUUCCAUGCUUUUCCAGGAAAUAAAAUUGCAGCUGUUACAUUAUGUUUAUUUCUAGGUAAAAACGCGUCAUUUCUAAGGUUAAUUCGUGGUCGAUCUUUGGCUGAAGAAUACAGGCCGUCAGCAACCAAAGCAAGUGAAUUAGGUUUGUUAGCUUCAGUUGUUUGUUUGUUUGUUUGUUUGUUGCAAAACCUAAUUGGGUAGUCGAAAUUUUCCUCUUGGAAGGAUGAAUGUUUCACUGGAGAUGGAAUAUCUGGUGUAGUUUCACGCUGACAUAAGUUGAACGUUCUCUGCUGAAAGUUUCCUUGAUUAAGGACGCUCUAGAAUUCUUUUGUGGUUUUUCAAUAAACAGUCCCUAUUGGCUCCAGAUACCCAUUACACACAGUACUAGAGGAAACCACUGCACAGUAAUAUUGAGGGUAUUACCUGAGGCAUCACAAGUUCAAUUGUUUUCAAGAAUUCAAUUUAAACUGAUAGAUAAUAGACGAUCCCUCAACUAGGGGGGGAGCUUUUAAAGGGGGAGGGGAGGCUUAUAAGCGGAAGUUUACGGUCUCUGAUAUGAAGCUCUUCAUCUUUUAGGCGGUUACCUUGACGAUCCAGACAGUGACGCAGUAUUCUACUUCCUUUUAAAAGCAGUGGAUAGAUUCUAUACUCAAUACCACAGAUAUCCAGGUAAAUUCUAGUCCAGGGGCGGAUCCAGGAUUUUUCUUAGGAGGGGGUGCACCACUAACUGACUGAUGACGUAAGAAAUUUUAAAAGCGAAUACAAAGAAGAGGGCUUUUGACUAGGAAAUAACAUAAUAUGAACUGCUGAGAAUACAUAUCAAACGAUAGAGCAGAUUUUGUAUGACUGUGAAGCGACUGCACAGUGUUAAUUAGAAAGCGGCCGCAGGUCAUCCCAGGGGGGGUGCGCACCCCCUGCACCCUCCCCCUAGAUCCGCCCCUGUAGUCGACUACGUUAACUUACGUGCAAACAGACGAAAGAACUCCCAACAUUGUUGGCCCAAUAAUGUUAGGGGUUGUUGCGUCCGUUUGUUCGUAGCUAAACGUUUGACCGGUUUGAAACUUUACAACAAGUAACAACAUGUAACAGGGUGUGCAAACGGACGGAACAUGUAACAUCCAACAAUGUUGGGAGUUGUUGGCCAACAAUGUUGCGUCCGUUUGCACUGGGCGUUAGAGCGGCUACCACUUUGCCUCACUAGCAAACUGCUGGAUAUCAAAUAAAAUUUCUUAAUACUGAAAUUAAAUCUGUUUUUCGUUUUGUGAGAAAUUAUUUCCGUUGACUGUUUCAGGUAAUUUCGAUGAUCAGGUGGAAGUAGAUGUCGUUAAGCUAAAGGUGGGUUGGUUUGCGGUGCUGGAAAAUUUCAGUCGUUUUGAACUCGUUAUUAGAGACCUUUAAGGUAUGUUACACGGGACGAUUCGCAACGACAGUUUUCAGCGUAACACAGCGUCGGAAUGUUCCAGCAAUGUCGCAAAAAUGUUGUGAAUUGUCUCGUUUAACUCUGCAGGUGCAUUAAACUUCUGUUACGUCAUCUUUACAAAUGCGAUGAAAUUGUCAUGUUAACCAAGUCCGACGCCUAGUCCCCGGUACGAUGUCUUCCGAGGCCUUCUUGCAUUUCGGUGACGUAUCCGAGACACUCGGUCCACGUUACCCGAAACGCAAAGGCCGCGCGGACAGUUGAGGCCUAGGGACUAGUAAAGAUGUUAUACAGGACGUCAAAACAGGACGGCGAAUUUUCCUUUUUAUUUUUGAUCUAAUAUUACAAAAAAUCUUUUUCAAAAAUAAGAUUUUUGCUUUUUGUUAAUAAGAUUUUUUUAAAAUAGAUUUUUCUAUUUCAAAAUCUAUUUCAAUUCAAGGAAAACUUGUGAUAAACUGGCAAGUGUAGCAAGUUAGAAGAAUCAUGAUAAGUUUCAAAGAAAUCGAAUUCACUUUAUAAGUGGCAUUUUUAUUUGUCGUGCAGUUCUUGCUUGGUGUAAGACGGUGACGUUCGGAGCGAGAAAAAAAACUUUGUUUAUUGAAUUCAAGAAAGACAAACAAUUACUGUAGGUAAUGAAGUAAGUAAAUAGAUAAAUGAAAAAAUAUGGGGAGAGCACUUUAGCACGUAUCAUUGUCUAUCAAAUUCUCAUUUCACAGGAACAUAAUUCUUACAAACCUACGCCAAAAGAAAAGUGUAUUAACAUUAGUGAUUGAAAUAGCACGGACGAAUCACACAGUUUUCAUAAGACGGUUUGUUUUCUUUGCAGACCUGCCUAAGCGCUGUUCUUCAAGAGUGGUCUAUAAAUGCGGAUAUCAAAGAAGAAUAUGUCCAUGAAAUGUGAGUAUGCUCCUGCGAGACUAACUGUUAAAAUUUUCUGCCUGAGUACUCUUUUGACUUUAGCGUUUCAAUACGUUCCCAAUAGCAUUUGAAAAGAAGAAAGUACCCAAAAUUUGCCAAGAACACAGAAAAGGCCAUUUUAAUGAUUUAUAUAUGCGAUGGGAACAGUCUUCCGCUUCGAGCUUUUUGUAUUUUGCCCUAUAGUUUUGUUUUAUCCAAUUUAGUUGUGUUUUUUAUUGCAUUUAAAAAUAUAAUGUCAAAGGGAACUUGCGAAUUUUCAAUUUCCUUCAUUAAAGAAAUUGCCUCCCCAUAUAAAAUCAAUUUCUUGGCUAUUAAAUAACUUCUCCUCAUAAGCACCAUGACAGAAAAAUGCCGGACAGUGUUGAGAAUGUGCAUUGUCUUUUUUAGGUGUCGAUACGGAGCAAGCGAGUUGCAUUCUGUUGCAGCUUUUAUUGGAGGUGAGACAAGACACAGAUGACCAAGGUCGCACGUCCCUAAUGUACCCUGGGUGCCAGAGACUUUUCAUUCGCGGUUUCCGGUUUCGGUCAAGUCUUAAAAUCAAGUCAAGUCUAGCGGCUUCGCCGCUCGUGUCUUUGGCCGAAGGCGGAAGACGUGUCGGCCUGCGGCCGACGAAGCUCCACGUCACACGCGAGAAAAAAUCUCUGGUUCCCAGGGUAUCUCUAACGUGAAUUCUGUGCCAAAAAAUGCUUUUGAAGGAAGUGAAAAAAAUGAAGUGCAAAAAAAUGUCUUCUGAAACUGUUGGAUUAGAGGGAAAAUCUGCUGAGUUGUACGGGACAUUUUAUAUUUAGGUGCAGCCCACCUCGACACAUUUUCUGGAAAAUCAUGCGCAAGAACAACUAACGGAUACAAACGUGAAAUUCAGUUUAAAAAAUGUUUUCACCAGUCGCAGCAUCUGAUUUUAACGUGACAUUCUAGUUUCUAAGAAUAUCUACUCGAAUACACUUUUUGGGCGCAAGAUUUUGUAAAGUAAAAUAGCACAGGAAGAUAUAAAUAUUGUUCCUAGUUUUCCCGUUACCACUUGACAUUAGUGAGUUUACGCAACAGGACGGCAGGAAAAAGAGGACAGCAAAAUGUUUGUGCGUGACAAACGUGACAGGGCUAUAACUUGCAUGUUAUGUCGUGAUCUUCACUUAGAAUUGAUGUUUUGUGGUUUUCACAAAAAGAUCUGUUUUUAAACAGAUCUUUUUUUAAAAAAGGAAAGUGAUGUUUGGCGAAAAGUUAUUUCAAGCAAAAUUAUUGUCACGGUUGUCACACAAGGUUUGACAUCUUCUUUCCUCUCCCGUCCUGUUGUGCAAGUUCACUAUUAUCUUUCAAGGUUGGUGGUGGCAACAGUACUAUGCUAAGAUUAUUUGUGAAGCGAUAGGUCUCUUUUCACGUAUGAAAUGGACAUUUUUAAUAUUCGCCACAUAGAAACGAGAAGGGAACUGGAGUCGAAAUGUGGCCCGCGAUUGUUUCGUUAUCGGAGACACGCCGAUCAGCUGUAAGAUCAGCUGUUGGUCGAUUGGCUAUUUUAUCCCCGUGUACCUAGAAGUCUUUGCGAACGUUAAAUCGGCCCAGAUUCCUUCUGGCAGCUCUCCUAACCCUAAAAGCUAACUGUGAAACUAAUGAUAAACAAUGAUGUGUUAUUGUUUUCUGCGACCGAUGAGGAAACACCUUACGAGCAGCUCCUACACUGCUGUCCCUUCUCGUGUCUGAAAUGGAGAAUUAACAUCGUUUUUUUUAUAUUUAUUGCUCAGGUGCGGCAGCCCAAGAAAUCGUAAAGCUUAUCACUCACCAGUUUGUCCCGUUUAACAACACGUACAUCUACAAUGGGAUCACUGGAUGUUCAACGACUCUCUGUCUCUAAAUGUAGACUUGCGCCUUAUUUCAAUUGAAGUACUAUUUGAACUCCUUGCUCACCGAACAGAAUUAUCUUCAGAUCUUGAAGCAAUAUAGAAAAAAAAGCGACAACAGAAUGAGCGAGCCAUUAAUUCUGCUAGCCUGAGUGAGGCGCUUAGAAAACUUUAUCAAGUAUGCCCACUUUUAAUCGCUGUUUGUUUCAGAUAAGUAUAUUUUUGCAUGAUGAAGUGCUGAUGCGGUUCCUCUACUGCUUUCUUUCUUUACCAAUUUAACUGAAAUAUGUUGGUUAAAAACCAGUCUGAAUAGAGUUUGCUCAUGGAUUAUUUUAUUACCUAAGAUAUGUUUUGCCUUGAAACCUUGUAAAUACAAGUAUUUAGGAG